AUGACCUUCAUGAAUUCGAGGAGGAUAAGAAUCCUCAAAGAUUUCAGCUUCACAUCAGAAAUGGGCCACUUUCUGUCCACAACGUCAAUGGAUGAAGAAAGUAUUCGAAAGGAAGUGAAACAUUUCCCAGUAGUAAUCUUCACAAUGCCGAGAUGUUCAUACUGUCUGAGAGCUAAACAGCUUCUAGAUGGCGAACGGAUCGAAUAUAAGGAAAACAAUUUGGAUGUUCAUCAGCGCCAUUUCCCAGCAAACCAUCAGUCAUAUGUUAAUGGAUUAAUUAAUAUCACAAAGCAAACCUCGGUACCGCAGAUAUUUAUAUGCGGUGAUUUCAUUGGCGGAUUUUCCGAAUUGCAGCAGUUGAAGAAUGCUGGAAUGUUAUUAAAUGCUAUUAGUAAGUGUCAACCGUCUGCGGAAAAAAAUUUCUGA